AUGAGGAUCGGCUGUCUUCAAUUUGCGCCAGAGGUUGGCGAUAUUGAUAACAAUCUGAAUCGUGCUGAUUCGGUUUUGAACCGCGCGAAUCGAAAUGAACUCGAAAGCCUUGACCUGCUGGUGCUUCCCGAGAUGGCUUUUACUGGUUAUAACUUCGAAUCACUAGAGGAGAUCCAGCCUUACCUUGAGCCGAAAGGCUCAGGGAUAUCGGCACUCUGGGCUAGGACUACGGCACUCAAGUACAACUGCAAGGUUGCUGUGGGUUACCCGGAGACCAGCACAGAUUGGAGUGGUCCUGUACAUUUCAACUCAUUGCUCCUUGUCAAUGAGGAUGGCGAGACCUUGGCAAACUACAGAAAGCAGCAUCUUUACUACAAAGACGAGACAUGGUGUAAGGAGGGGACUGGCGGUUUUUUCCAAGGUGAAGUGGAUGGCAUCGGGCAAACGGCCCUAGGGAUCUGUAAUCCCUAUAAGUUCGAAAGACCUUGGCACCAGUUCGAGUUUGCAUUCCACAUCCUUGAAUCGCACGCCAAUGUCGUCAUUAUCUCCGUGGCAUGGAGCACGCUUGAGGACCGCGCCGCCUUUUGCAGCAAGCCCUAUGAGCCUGACAUGGAAACACUCGAAUACUGGGCCAAACGCAUGGAGCCUCUGAUCCGUGCCGAGAGAGAUGCCGAAAUUAUUCUCGUCUUUGCCAACCGCUGCGGUAUUGAACGAGAUGUAUUGUACGCUGGUACUAGUGCCGUCAUGGGCAUCCAGAACGGCGAGGUCAACAUUUAUGGAGUCCUCGGCAGGGGCACCAAGCAUCUCCUCGUUGUUGACACGGACAACGCCCCGUUUGCGAAGCUGGUCCGUCGUCCAGGCAGGGAUACGGCCGAGGGCGAGUGGGAUGGCGUCACGCCCAACCCCGGGGUCGAGGCCCACGAUUUGCCUUUGCCUGACUACGAUGAGCUGGACAGACUUUUGGACCUGAGUAGAGUCACAGACCCCAUUAGCUCUCGGCCCUCAGCGCCCGUGCAGUUGUUACCGGUCAAUUUCCCGCUGUCUGCAUGUUUGCCCGAAAAGGCCAAAGAAGCAGUUAUGGAUGGAAGUGUGGAGCCUAGCAAGCUGACGGAGCUGGAUGUGAACCCAACCAAAGAGAAAACAACCAACUGCGCGAUUGGCUUCAAUGUUACAGGAGUGGUUCCAAACAGGCUAGUCGAGAUGCCACGUGCUGACAGUCCCACGUUAACAUCCGCUCGGCCCCGACUUAGAAAAUUGACGGCGACGUCACUAGCACCGGCCAACAACCCACACUCCUCGGAUAUUAGCGCCCGACCGAUAAUAGCACUCCCACACGAUCUCGUCACACCACCACCGAGUGGCGAGUUUCCCGGCCAAGAGUACCUCACUGCAGGCCAAGCAGAACUUUCUGCGCUCAGUGACACGGCUUUGUACUCGCCAGAGGAGCCAGUUUUGCCAUCCGCAUGUCAGUCGCCGUUGGACUUCAAACCACUGCCGCUAUGGCCACAUCGAUUAUCCGAAGCAAAAAGUGCAUUUAGGGUGUCGCCCGUGAUAACGGAACUAACGGUACCAAAAUCGCCAGCUCCAGCUCUCGAAAAAGUGCCUCCUGUGGAGCAGUCGCCGGAUGCCGACAGCGUGCCGCAAAUGGAGGUGCAGACGCCCGGGACAGCUAUACUGGCACCACAGGCAAUGUCGCACGGAUACAUACCGCUCCUACUAUUAACAAACGUCGGUUUUGAGGAGAAGCAAUAA